AACUAACUUAACUCUUAUUAACACAUAACCUAACUUUUUAUAACUUGAAAUAGUAAGUACAAAUUAAAUUAUGUCGGUACAAAAUUUAUAUAAAUCAGACGAUGAUUUAAACGUAGAUUGUUCUGAUGAAGAAUAUAUAGAUUGCAAAGGUCCGUGGCAACCACCGAUAGAUCAAGUUUAUAAAAUUUACUCGGCUCUAUCGAAAGGCGAACUUCCAGAAUUGCAUUGGAAAAGUCCUGGCUAUAAAUCGGCAACUCCCGAGAUUCAACCUAAUAUAUCAUCGGAAGAAAUAAACGAAGUAAAACAGGAAGAAGACAAAACCCAUUUUGAUUUCUUGGAGGAUGUUGCUUUACCGAGAUUAAAAAUUAGAAAAGAUGGAGAAGAUGCUUUAAAAGGAAGUGCUAAAAAGAAGACCACUUCUUUGGAUAGUAUUAUUAAUAAUAUGAAAAGGCAUAAAAUGUUACCGCAAUCUCAAGAUCCAUGAUUUAAUAUAAGAUGUAUAAAGUUAUAUAAAAUUUAACGUAUUUUUAAUUUA